CUUCCCGCAAGGGCCCGGCAGCUGGACAAGGUGAAAGCAGAGUAUGCUCGGCUUAAACACACGCUCACCAUAGUGACCAGAGAACGCGAUUUGGCCGUGAAGGAGAAACACCAACUCCAAGCCAAGCUGGAGAACCUAGAACAGGUCCUAAAGCACAUGCGAGAGGCCGCGGAACGGCGGCAGCAGCUGCAGUUGGAGCAUGAACAAGCCCUGGCCGUCCUCAGCGCCAAGCAGCAGGAAAUCGACCUCCUGCAGAAGCGCAGGGCACGGGAACUAGAGGAGAAAUGCCGCGCACAGAGUGAGCAGUUCAGCCUGCUGUCCCGGGACCUGGGUCGGCUCCGGGAGCACGCGGGCGAGAUCGACCUGCCGGGAGGCAGCUCCCUGAACGUCCCCUCGUCCCCCGGCAAGCCCUUCCGGAGCUUCAUGAACGGACUGGCUCCCUCCAUUGGCAAAGGUCAGGAAAGCUCCACUGGAAGCCGCACUGUGAUCGGUGAAUCUAUCCGGCCCCUCCCGCUCCCGGGUGACAAGCCAGAACCUCUGUCCAUCAAGCCCACCUUUCUGUCAAGAUCUGGUGGCCCAAGAUGCAGAUUUGAAUCCGACAUGGAUAAUGAAUGGAAUUCCAAUACCGCCAAGCAGAGAUACUCGGGGAAGGUCCACUUGUGUGUCGCCCGCUAUAGUUACAACCCCUUCGACGGGCCAAAUGAGAACCCAGAGGCUGAGCUGCCCCUCACGGCGGGGAGGUACCUCUACGUCUAUGGAGACAUGGAUGAGGACGGCUUCUAUGAAGGCGAGCUCCUGGACGGGCAGAGGGGCCUGGUGCCCUCCAACUUCGUGGAUUUUGUCCAGGACGAGUCUCGACUGGCAACCACUCUGGGGAAAGACCAGGAUCAGAACUUCAGCCAAGCCGGCGUCAGCUCGGAGGGGGAGCGCAUCCUGGACCUCCACUCCCCGACGCACACGGACUCCGGCCCCUCUGACCACGGGGCGGGGACGCUGGACACGAACAUCGAUGACAUCGGAGAAGACAUCGUGCCUUACCCUCGGAAAAUCACCCUCAUCAAACAACUUGCCAAAAGUGUCAUUGUGGGCUGGGAGCCCCCGGCGGUGCCCCCGGGCUGGGGGACUGUGGGCACCUACAACGUGCUGGUGGACGCAGAGACGCGCCUGAGCCUGGCGCUGGGUGGCAGGACCAAGGCCCUGGUGGAGAAGCUGAACAUGGCAGCCUGCACCUACCGCAUCUCCGUGCAGUGCGUCACCAGCCGGGGCAGCUCGGACGAGCUGCGCUGCACGCUGCUGGUGGGCAAGGACGUGGUGGUGGCACCGUCCCACCUGCGUGUGGACAACAUCACGCAGGUCUCCGCCCAGCUCUCCUGGGUGCCCACCAACAGCAACUACAGCCAUGUCAUCUUCCUCAAUGAGCAGGAGCUGGACGUCGUCCGGGCCCCCAGCUACAAUUACCAGCUCUGCAACCUCAGGCCCAACGCGGCUUACAAGGUGAAGGUCCUGGCCAAGCCCCACCAGAUGCCCUGGCAGCUGCCCCUGGAGCAGAGGGAGACGAGGGAGGCCUUCGUGGAGUUCUCCACGCUGCCGGCAGGUCCUCCCGCCCCACCCCAGGACAUUGCCGUCCACGCCACGGCCACCCCAGCCACUGUCCAGGUCUCCUGGAAGCCGCCCGCGCUGACGGCCACGGGGCUGUCCAAUGGAGCCAACGUCACCGGCUACGGCGUGUAUGCCAAAGGGCAGAGGGUAGCUGAGAUCAUCUCCCCCACGGCGGACAGCACGGCCGUGGAGCUGGUGCGGCUGCGGAGCCUCGAAGCCAAGGGUGUGACCGUGCGGACCCUCUCCGCCCAGGGCGAGUCCGUAGACUCUGCCGCCGCUGCCAUCCCCCCCGACCUCCUGGUGCCUCCUGCCCCCCACCAGAGAACUGCUCCCACACCGAAGCCAUUAGCAAGUGCCGGAGCCCCCGAUACCAAAGAUGAACACCUGGGUCCGCACGCCGCGGCGCACGAGGCCUGGGAGCUCGGCCGGGCGCCUGCUCCGGCCCACGGGCACCUGCUGGAGCCGCCCGGCCUGCAGGGCUCGGGCCCGGGGCGGCGGUCGCCCUCGCCGAGCCGCAUCCUUCCGCAGCCGCAGGGCACCCCGGUCUCCACCUCCGUCGCCAAGGCCAUGGCCCGGGAAGCCGCGCAGAGGGUGGCCGAGAGCAGCAGGCUAGAGAAAAGGAGCAUCUUCCUGGACAGGAGCAGUGGGCAGUACGCAAACUCGGACGAGGAAGAUAGCUACGAGUCCCCCGACGUCAAGAGGAGGGGCGCGUCGGUGGACGAGUUUCUGAAAGGCUCGGAGCUGGGCAAGCCGCUGCACUGUUGCCAUGGAGACGAGUACCACACGGAGAGCAGCCGGGGGUCCGACCUCUCGGACAUCAUGGAGGAAGACGAGGAAGAACUCUGCUCGGAGAUGCAGCUGGAGGACGCGGCCCGGAGGCGGCCCGGCGGCGUGGCCCGCAGUGCCCUCAAGAUUUUAGGAAACCCGGUGACUGCUGGACGGGCUGAUCGGGUGGAUCACGUGGGCCGGAGGUUUCCCCACAGCAGUGCCAGCCGCCACAGGUCCCGGCCAAUGAUGGUCCCGUCUGCCGAUGAGUACGGUGGGCGGAACCGGCUUUCUCCAGACUUCUACGAAGAGUCAGAGACGGACCCCGGGGCGGAAGAGCUCCCGCCUCGGAUCUUUGUGGCCCUUUUUGACUACGAUCCCCUCACCAUGUCCCCGAACCCAGAUGCUGCGGAAGAGGAGCUUCCCUUUAAAGAAGGGCAGAUCAUCAAGGUUUACGGUGAUAAAGAUGCUGAUGGAUUCUACCGCGGGGAAACCUGCGCUCGGCUUGGCCUUAUUCCUUGUAACAUGGUCUCUGAAAUCCAGGCAGACGAUGAAGAGGUGAUGGAGCAGCUUCUCAGACAAGGCUUCCUCCCCCUGAACACACCUGUGGAGAAAAUAGAGAGAAACAGAAGGAGCAUCAGGCAGCCCUCGGUGGCGACGCGGAGGAUGGUGGCCCUGUACGACUACGACCCGAGGGAGAGCUCGCCCAACAUCGAUGUCGAGGCUGAACUUACAUUUUGCACCGGAGAUAUUAUUACUGUUUUUGGUGAAAUUGAUGAAGAUGGAUUUUAUUAUGGGGAGCUUAAUGGGCAGAAAGGCCUCGUACCCUCCAACUUCCUAGAGGAAGUGCCUGAUGACGUAGAAGUCUAUCUUUCUGACGUGCCGUCCCACUACCCGCAGGACACGCCGACACGCUCGAAGACGAAAAGGAAGAAGAGUGUGCAUUUCACCCCUUAA